CCCUCGGGGAUAGGAGGUGAGCUCCGGGAUACUUUAGACUCUUAUCAGGAGGCAAAGGCGCCAAAGAAAUUUGCGUCUCAUUAACAACACAGAUUAUACAUGAUCCAAAGAGGUUGACAAGCACCUGCUAACAAAAUGGCUUCCAUUUCAGAUGUGAUGAGGGCGGAUCAGCAGCAGAUGCGAGAUCACUACCAAAAAAUCAUCGAGGCCCAGGAUGACGACACCAGGAAGCGUUGGGGCAACCAGUUCGUCUGGGAGCUUGCCCGCUAUGCUGUGGCCGAAGAGCUCGUCGUGUAUCCGGCCCUCGAGUCUCACAUGGACCAUGGCAAGGUUAUAGCCGAUAAGGAUAGGGGUGAAAACCAGCAGAUCAAAGAGUUGCUGGCCAAGUUCCAAGAUAUGAAGCCCAGUGACCCGCGAUAUCUACCAAUGCUAGAUUCCAUCAUGGAUAAUCUGAACAAGCAUUUUGAUGAAGAACAGGAUGAGGAUAUCCCUUCCCUGGAAUCUGUCUUGGAGCCGGCGGAAUCCGAAACCAUUUCUAGGCGGUUUGAGCGGACUAAGAUCUUGAUGCCGACACGCGCCCAUCCAAAUGCGCCAACUCAGCCAUAUUUUGAAACAGCAAUUGCCUUUAUGCAAGCGCCAAUGGAUCGUAUUGCAGAUAUCAUGUGGAGAGAAUUCCCCGAGUUUUAGGGCAACUCGAGGCGAAUCGUUAGCCAAAACUGGCUUUGAAGCUGACGCAGGAACUCUGCUGCUUAAGAAACGAUGUUCAAAAUAUUAUCCAUGACCGAGGUACUUCCUUAUGUUAGGGGUUGCUAAUCUGGGGUCUGAUCUUGCUGGAAAACACCUGCGAUCGUUUUGAGGCUUUCACGGUAAUGAUGACGGAAAGGCACAUAUUCAAGUUUUGUAAAGGGUAAUGUGAGGUAUAAUUAUGAGCCAUUAAAAGGAG